AGUUGUCCUGGGAGACGCUAACAACUGUGCUGAAAACAAAGUACAGUCGGGCACGACUCUAACACACUUGGGGCACUUUUUAUUCUAUUCGUGCGUGCUUGUGUGCGCGCGGGACAACCGUUUUAAAGGACGUUUUGACCCUUUUGGGGGAUUAUUAUGCGCCUAAAAAGAGCCUGAAGCGUCGCCUUCUCGUCCAGUUCCCAGGGAAAUGAAACUUACUCCCCAGCAAGCUCCACUGUAUGGCCGCUGCGUGAUCACAGUGCAGCUCACUGAUGAAGAGCUUGACGUGAACGAAGACGGCGGUGCUGCCAUCACCACCAACUACUUCCUGCUCUUUGCAGGCAGCACCCAGAGGCACCUGAGCAGCACUCUGAGGAGUGGCCAUGACACCCUGCAGGCGCUGUGUCCUGCUCACGAGUGUUGCGAGGAGGUUUCAGUCACCCUGUGUUCCAUCACUCGCUGCAACCCCGAGGCCUCAGAGGAGCUGACGACGGGCUCAUCUCACAUUGCUCCUUUAGCGCAACAUCGCUUCACCUUCGUUCAAGACUUGGCUUUUGACAUGGCCCAGUUUUUGGUGAGCACGGUGGGCCGCACAGAUGGUUUGGAUGGGGCGCUGGUCCUGGACGAGUGUCACAUCCCCGUGCUGGAGUGCGAGCGUCUGGAUGAGAAUUUGGCCUUGGCCCUCCAGCACAUCCCGCUCCCAUCGGGAUGGAACUUGCUGGGGAACCAAUACUCUGAUAGCGCCGACCUACACCCUCAGGAGACCCUGCUGCAUUUCUCGGCCCGCCGGGGCCUUUUCCGUGUCACGGGUUUCUUGCUGCAGCAGCCAGGGGCGAGGGACGCAGCACAACUGCCAAACAAGCAUGGCCACACGCCCGCCGCCGUUGCAGCGCUUCGGGGUCACACCAGCCUCCAGCAGCUCCUCGCACACAGGGUUGAGGCAGAUGCCGAGUCAGACCGAGGGCCCCAGCACGUCCAGCCGGUACUGAUGGACGCCCGCGUGGUUUGCAGCCACCCUGGCUUGCACACCCUGACGCAAAGCGUGUACCCGGGCUGCGACCCGCCAAGCCUUGGCCAGAGCGUGGAGCAGCUGCUGCAUUUGACGAGUCAUCUCCACGCCAAGGGAGUGUCUGUGCUGGAGCUGCACUCAGAUUGUCUGCACACAGCUGCCGAGUGCAUCGAGGGUGUCGAGCCAGAGACGACGAGCUGCCCACAAGCAAACACGCCGGAAAACCCAGUUGUAAUCGGCAGUAGUGACAAUUGCGGAUAUGGCGGCCACGAAGACUGGAGCCUGUCUGUAGUACACCCUGUGGAGCAUGGCCUCGCCCCCCCCGAGGAUUGGGUGUGUCUUGAUUUUAAGAGGGCAGAGGGAAGCAAACAGCCCGAAAGUGCACAGAACUUGAGUUUGUGUGGAAGGCAAGAAGGGGGGAGCACCCUGCUUGUGGGAAGGCUUCAACAACUAGCAGGGUGGGAUGAGCAGGAAACUGAUAGAGGAGGAAAGGGACGGGAGGCCACAGAGGGAGAGGACUUAUCUGGCAAGGAAGUACACAGAGUGUCUCAGAGCACAGAGGAGGAGAGCAGUGGAGGUUUAGUCAUGGGCCAGUCACUGUCUCCUGACGCUGCAGUCCAGGAGUCUCACCAGGAUGGCAAGGCUUUGACUCACAGCCUUUGUUACGGUCCGACCUUAGCCGAGGAGGAAGCCCAGAAUGCGGCUUUAGUGCACAAAGACCUCCCACCUCCGGGUGGAAGUGAUGAUGUAACCCUAGAAUCAGAUGUUCCGCCUCCCGGAGAGGGGGACCCACUGCCAGAUGUAAACAGCUCGGAACAAAACCAGGAAACAGCUUGUCGGGAUCAUACGUCAGAGUGGCAGCAAGACCUUGAUCAGCAGACUGCAUGUUGGGAGACUUGUUCUGAGUUAAAUUUGAUGGAGGAUGCUGACAUCGCUGUACCAUCUGGAGAGGAAACGCCAGAGAAGACAGAGUGUUCACAGACAGUCAAAUCCGACGUUGAUCCAGAUUCGGGCCAAACCCACAGCCUGUCCAGCGACGACGACGUCAGUUUCCAGUCAGUCGGAAGUUGCACGACAGACAUAUUCCACCCCACCGAGGAAAGUACCCCCUUGGAAGAGCAGCAGUCGACUGAGGAUUUCAAUGUGGAGGAAGAAGACUGCAUGACGCAAGACCAAAGCGGCACAUGUUCGCGGACUUCGGUGGAACCCGCUGCCAGUUCAGAGGAAACCGCCACCGGUUUGGAGCCCAACUUCCACACGGAGGAGCAUCCUGAGGCACCCGAGGAGCCAGGUGCUUUAGAACCUUCUGAAAGUGACCUGUCACAAGGCAGAGAUGCUUCAGCAAGGAUGGUGGAAGACGGAAAUCCCAACAGCGCUGACCUGAAUAAAGCGGUGAAGGUGAUCAUGUUGGAACACACCGGGACCACCUGUGCCGCAGAGGAACGAGAUGAGACCAACUCUUCCAUGAUCCACCGCGACGGUGAGGCGUCCUUCCAGCAGCCACUCGACGUGCAACACUCAGGGUCCUCGCGGUCAUCAACAUUGCCCGCAUUGUCCAGCAGGACGGUCAGCAGCAACCGUUGUUUCUUGACUACUCACAGAGACUCGGGCAGUGACAUCGAGAGCUUGCUGAGCGCCGAGGUGGGAUAUGACAGCGUCUUUAUCAAGAAUGAUGAGCCAGUGACGGGUGGUGACAGCACCAGCGAGGUGUCCAUCUCCUGCUCCUCCACGGACGACACGGCCAGUGUGGGCACGUCCAGCUCCAGCCCCGAAGGUAGCCAGGGCCUGGGCAGUAGCAGCUGGAGCCCUGAGGAGAGUGUCCUCCCGCUGGCCUCUGUCUCCACCACAGUCGGAGGAGGAGGAGGUGGAGGAGGAGGAGGAGAGGGAGGAGGGGGAGGUGUCUCUGGGGACGCAGAAGAGGAGGCCAAGGACAGAGUGGCGGAGGUGCCCCGCCGCUCCUGUCUCUUGCGCAGAAGCCUGCGAUCCCUCUCGCCUCUUCGCCGCCACAGCUGGGGACCCGGGAAGAACAACGGAGGAGACCCCGCUAUGAACCAGAGGAGCUGCAAAGGGAAGCUGACCGUUCACAGGAGAAGCUACAGCCUGGAGGGCCUCAGUGGUGGCCAAGAAGACGCACGGCACCCGGCCAGUCAAGGGUCCCGCAUCCUGGAGCCUUCCAGAAUGCUGCGGCACGACGUGGAUGAGCGCGGCUCACUUGUAUCACUCACGGAGGAGCAGGCGGAAAUGGGGCCGCCAUGCGGCCUGCAAAAGCAGAAAUCGAGGCGCUAUCGUCCCUUGAGGAACAGCUGCCCCCCAAUGACCCUGCCCCUCACCAAGUCUGUGUCCAUGCUCGCCAUUAGCCACAGAGACAUUGACGUGGUGGGACGUCUGCGCCGGAGGAGGCGAAUUUCCUUCUCCUUCAGCUUUUCCCCCAUCCUCACUAAAUCUAAGUCUCACACCUUUUACGGCGACUCGUCCACUAGCGACGAUGACGAUAACUUCAGUAUGAGAUCCUACUCCAGCACGUCUGGAUCGCUUGCGUACAGCAUAUCGGAGGAGGAGCCCGGGCCGCUGCGGAGCGACGCCGAGGCUAGCAAGGGUGUCACCAAAGUCAGCCGCACCUUCAGCUACCUCAAGAACAAGAUGUACAAAAAGACCAGGGAAAAGGAACGGGACAAAAAGGAGAAGGAGGGCAAGGAGAAGGAGAAGAAGUUGGUCAACGGGCAUCACUUCGCCACCAUGGGCUCUGGCCAGGUGCCACCUUGUUCUCACUGCUCCCAGUGCAAUAAGACCCUCAGUAAGGAGAUCUUUCAGUGCACAUACUGCAAUGCCUGUGUGCACAAGGGCUGCAGGGACAGCCUGGUCGUUUGCGCCAAGGUGACGAUGAAGUUGCCCAGGCAGCAGUCUAGCACAGUGCCAGAUUCCAGCUCGUUCCCCGGCGUCACCAUGAGGAACAAAUCCUGCGGAAUGAGGGAACGCCCCUGGUCAGCCAUCUUGUCCCCGGAGGACCACACGUCUCUGGCGAUGCCGCUGUCGCGCCGCCACACCAGCCUCAUGCCUUUCCAUGGCAGCAACCUGUCCAAAAGUCUGUCCAUUAGCAACAUUGCUGGUCCUGUGUUUGACGAGAUCCCCAUCAAGGGCCUGCGCUAUCUUUCCCAGUCCACUGACUCGCUCAACAGGACCAAUCAGGUCACAGAGUCCAUGGAAUCACUCACUGACGAAGGUCAUUACACACCUUCGCAACCAUGGACAGAGAUGAUGGACAGCCAACUGAUGGGCGAGUUUGAAGGCGAGGCUAAGGAGAUGGAGGCGGACUCAUGGAGUUUAGGCGUGGAACAGCAGUACCUGCAGCAGCUGGACCGCAACCUGGUCAAGAGGCAGGACGUCAUCUACGAGCUGAUGCAGACGGAGAUGCACCACAUCCGCACACUGCGCAUCAUGUCAGAGGUGUACAGCAAGGGCCUGCAGAAGGAGGUGCAGCUGGAACCGCAGACCCUGGAGCGACUCUUCCCUGCCCUGGAUGAGCUUAUGGAGCUCCACACACAGCUUCUCCUGCGCUUGCUGGAGAGGAAGCGUGAGAGCCAGCCAGAGGGCGGACACUCGGAGCGGGGCAUCAUUGUCUACCGGAUAGGGGAUAUCCUCCUCAGCCAGUUCUCGGGAUGCAACAGCGAGAGCGUGAAGAGGAUCUAUGGGAGAUUCUGCAGCCGCCACAAUGAGGCCGUCAACCUGUACAAGGAGCUUCUGACCAAAGACAAACGCUUCAAGGCCUACAUCAAAAAAAAGAUGAGCAGCAGCAUUGUUCGGCGUCUCGGCAUACCAGAAUGUAUCCUGCUGGUGACCCAGAGGAUAACAAAGUACCCUGUGCUGAUUCAGAGGAUCCUGCAGCAUUCCACAGAGGGCGAUGAUGACUACGAAGACCUGUCAGAGGCGCUGCGCCUAGUAAAGGAGGUGAUCGCCAGCGUGGAUGGCCGUGUGAACGAGCACGACAAACGGCGGCGCCUCAAGGACUUCCAUAGCCGCACCGACAGCAAGUCCAUCAUGAUGAUGAAGAAUGGCCAGAUCUUCGCCCGCGAGGACCUGCUGCGACGACGCCUGGUCCACGACGGCGCUCUGCAGCUAAAGAGCAACCAGGGACGCCUCAAAGACGUCCACGCACUGCUCCUGUCGGAUGUCCUGGUAUUCCUCCAAGAGAAGGACCAGAAAUACAUCUUCACCAUGCUGGACCAGCGCUCUACUGUCAUCUCACUGCAGAAGCUGAUUGUGCGCGAGGUGGCCAACGAGGAGCGUGGCCUUUUCCUUAUCACAGCAGGCAUCGAGAAGCCAGAAAUGAUGGAGGUCCUGGCAUGCUCCAAGGAGGAGCGCAACGCCUGGAUGCAGCUCAUCCAGGAUGCUAUGCAGUCCAUGGAGAGGGACGAGGAUGAGGGCAUUCCCAGUGAGACUGAAGACGACAAGCGACAAUUGGAGAUCAAAGCCAAAGAGAUGAGAGACUUGCUGAAGCAGAAGGAUGCUGAGAUCAUGUCCCUGCUGGAGGAGAAGGUUCGGCUCUUCCGGGGCAUGUGUGAGGGCUCCGGCCCUGUUGAGGAGGCCUGCCAGCAGACCGAACACUUCUUCAGGUCGCCUGGCGGGCCGGAGCCCCCCAAGGGAGCGUGCAUCAUGAAGGAUGCCCUGCAGGAAGUGGAGACGCUGCAGACCCUGGUAAACAGCAGCCUGGGCGGUGCCAUGGCCGGUGUCCAAGAUGGCGGAGGAGGAGCACCCAGCCCGGGGUGCCUGCCCCGACGGGCAGAGACCUUCGGCGGCUUUGACAGUCACCAGAUGCACCUCAGUAAGAGCGGAGACGAGAGUGAGGACGCCACCAGAGACCUCCGGAGGACUGAGUCCGACAGUGUUCUGAAGAAGGGAGGAAACGCCAACCUGCUGCAGCUGCUCAAGAGGAACAGUGAGCAGGUGCUCUACAGCGUCUCCAAUCUGCACUUCCUGCUCAGCACACUGCAGGCGGUGGUGGUGCAGCAGGAUAGCUUCAUAGAGGAUCAGCGUCAGGUCCUGAGUGAGCGCUCACCGUCAGGGUGCUCAUCAUCGCGGCCAUCCUCUCGGCCCAGCUCACUAAUCGAGCAAGAGAAGCAGCGCAGCCUGGAAAAGCAGCGGCAGGACCUGGCAUCACUGCACAGGCAGCAGGCGGCGCAUGCCGACGAGCGGCGCCGGCGUGAGAAGGAGUGGGAGCUCAGGGAGCGCCUGCUCGGUGAGAAGGAGGCGCUGCUGAACAUGCAGGAGGAGGAUCUGUCCAAACAGCAGCGAGUGCUAGAGGACGAGAGGCGGGAGCUGGCUCGUCGGAAGGAGGACUACCAGAGGGACCUGGAGAGGCUGAGAGAAGCCCAGAGGAAGUUGGACAAGGACAGGGAGGCCCUGCACAGACAGCUCGACAAGAUGGACGAGCUGCGACGCACUGAGAGGAGUCCCUCCACGGCCUCAGAAGAGUCCCAGUUGGCGGGCAGCUGCCAGUCUCUGGAUCUGGACCCCGUAGAUGUGUCGUCGUCAUCCUCCUCGUCUUCAUCGUCACAGCGCUGCAAAGCUAAGACUCGUGGUCUCAACCCGUUCACAUCCUCUUCAUCUUCGUCGUCAGCGAGCCUCCUGAAGGGGGGUGAGGCCAACAAGCAGCUUUCCAAGAGCCUGCUGCAGCUGGCCAAGCAUCGCGGCAAGGAAGGCAAAGACAAGCGCAAGAAGAAGGUGAAAGGACAGGCACCAGACUCCCAGCGCCUUCCCGAGGCUCCGCUGGAUGGAGAGAUCUUCUUCUGCUGACUCUCAUCCUCGCUCAACGAGACUUUCUAGCUAGCCGACCCGCCCUGUUGCAACGCAGGAAGUGCUUUUGUUCGUCCAGUAGCUCCAAACUUGCAGCAUUUGAGCAAAGAACCACAAAAUGGCCACCGUGACUUUGACGACGACUAUUCAAUUUAUUCCUCCUCCUGUCUCGUCAACACACACACAGUGGUGGUGGUGCUCGGCAAGCAGACGGGAAUGUCAACAAGCUUCCAUAUGGCACCACAACAUGAGAAGAGAAAGCAAUUUCCCUUUAAAACGCCACGUCUGGAAGUGCAUUGGGAGCCUUUCCAAAAUAAAAUAAAACAGACUCCACAUCGUUUUACUUUGAAAAACCCGGUGCAAGUUCCCGUAAAUCAGUCGAACCGUGGCUAAAGUUUUCGUCGUUGGCCGUUUGCAUUCAUCACAUAGGAUGGAUUUUGAAAAAAAAAUUCAAUUAGCCGAAAAGUAAAGUGAUCAUUUUCAACGUAAUCGUCCACGCUGCUAAUCACCUUGUGCGCCAUUUUGUUUUGUUUUUCUGCUACCAAUUGAGGCUAUCACAACAAGACCAUCGCUGUUGUUUAAGUGACAACGGACAACUGUUUUUCUGACAAAAACCUGAAAAUUCUGAGAUACCUUGUUUUAUUAAGGUUUAAUUUUAUCCGACAAAAAGCAUCUGCAGUACUGCCAAAUUUUCUGUGUGGGAGGGGGUUAUACAAAAAAAAAGUUUUUUCCAAUCAAAAUUAAAUGACAAAAUUCCAAGAUACACAUUUUGUUGUCCGACAAAAAGCUUUUUUUUUUUUUUUUUUAAUCACAAAAUUCAGCUACUUGUUUUGUCCACGUCAAAUGUAGUUGUCCAUAGAGAAGCACAAAGACUAAUUUUGGAAAAUUAUUUUGUAUUACAAAAAAAAAAAAAAUUUUUUUUACGUCAUAAUUCAAAAAUCUGAAAUGUCAGAGAUACCUGUUUUGUUUGUGUUGUACAUUGUCGUCUGUAUAAAAAACAUAUAGCAAAUCACAAAAUUAGGAGAUACACCUUUUAUUCACAUACGUCAUUGUGGGACAAUAAAGCACCUACUGCCAAAUUUGGAUUUCUUUUCUUGGAAAAAAAACAUUAGUUUUUCUGAUAAAUGUCUUACAAUCAUAAAAAUCACUAAAUUAGAAUAAAUGUUUUUAUUUUAUUUUAAGCAUGGUCUAAUUUGCCAAUUAAAAGCACAUCGCUAACACACUUUUGAGCAUAAAUGUUUUUAUUUGCAUAAAACACCACUAAGUCUUCUGAAAAUAAAUUUUAAUCACAAUUUGGUGAUACAUGGAUGACAAUGCUAACAUGCUUUUAAUUUCAAGCCUGUUUUAUUUGCAUCGAACGUGCCAAAAGCUCAUUCCAUCAAAUUUUAAAACAUUUUUCCAAUUUAAAAAAAAAAAAAAAAUCACAACAUUCACGAAUGCAUGCCGCCUCUGCGCCGCUAACCCGCUUAUAAUUUUAUUAGCGUCAAACGUCCGAUGAAAAGCAUAUACCGCCAAGUUUUGUGGCUUUUUAUGCUAAAAAACAUUUCGGACCACACGAGCAUACUUUUGCCUUCCUCCCACUGUCUUUAUACACAAAAAAAACAUGAAUUCUCUGGAAAAAAAUCUAAAAAUCACAACAUUUGGUGAUGCAUCGGCCGAUGCAACUAACUGGAUUUAAAUUAUAUUUUUAGUUGAUUCAUUGGCUUCCUGCAGGACAGGUAAAUUGGAGUGCGUCAUGGCUAAUAUUUUUUUCAAACAGUAAUGGAACUCUCCGGGGCACCGAGGGGCACUGUGGGCUAUGAAAUAUUAUUGUUUAUGAGCUAAUGAUUCAACCUUAAUGCGUAAGUAACCAUGAGCAAUCGGCAGCAGCAGCUUUAUUGUGGAAGGACAGCGAGCUCAUCUACUUCCUGUAAGGGACAAUCAGUCAAUCAAGACGCCGCAGCCUUUUUGUUUGUUUGUUUGUUUGUUUGUAACAAAAUGAAAUGCACUAAAAGAUAGAAGAGCUUGCUUGUUUCAGUCUAUGUGAAAAGUAAAAGAAUGCAGUCUGUGUAAAAGUAAAAGAAUGCAAAUGUAAAUAUGAUUUAUGUAUAAAACAAAUGUAAAACAAA